AUGCCUACUACAACUACCCAACUCCCAACUACCACAACCCAACUCCCAACUACUACAACCCAAUCCCCAACUACUACAACCGUAACCCCAACUACAACAACACUAUCCCCAACUACAACAACCGUAACCCCAACUACAACAACCCAAUCCCCAACUACAACAACCGUAACCCCAACUACAACAACCGAAUCCCCAACUACAACAACCCGUCCCCCAACUACGAUUACAGCUAAAGCAACAACCCCACCUACAAAUUCAACACCUGCUUCAGGGCCGUAUUAUGUUGUGGCUCUGAAUGGCAAGAUCUCCACCAGUUUGUCACUGGAAAAUGAUCAUGAGACCAUUGUGAAACAGAUUAAAGAUGAACUGGUCAGACGAGGACUGCCACCAACAAUGAUUGUUCGUCUUCUCAGGGCCGUGGCAACAAGUCGCUGAGGCCAAUCAUGUAUUUAAUACCUGGAUAUAACAA